AUGCCUCUCCCCAAAUCUGACUACGUGAGUGACAGCUGGAAAGACGGCCUGUUUACCAACAAGGUCGUCUUUUGCACAGGCGGAGCAGGCACAAUAUGCAGUGCGCAAGUGCGCGCACUUGUUCAUCUCGGAGCGGACGCAUGUAUCGUCGGGCGAAAUGUCGAGAAAACGGAGAAGAUGGCGCAGGAUAUUGCCACGGCUCGGCCAGGUGCGAAGGUGGUAGGAAUUGGUGCUGUGGAUGUGCGCUCGUUCGGUAGUUUGCAGAGCGCAGUCGAUCGUUGUGUCAAGGAGUUUGGGGCGAUUGACUAUGUAAUCGCUGGCGCGGCGGGUAACUUUCUCGCGUCUAUUAACCAGAUUUCCGUGAACGCUUUCAGGUCUGUGAUGGAGAUUGACGUGUUGGGGUCAUAUAAUACGCUCAAGGCGACGAUUCCACAUCUUGUGGAGUCGGCAAAGAAACACAGGGUAGACUCGAAUUCAUUGAAGCCAUCUCCAGCAGGAACUGGAGGCCGCAUCAUUUUUGUCAGCGCUACGCUCCACUACACAGGAACCCCAUUCCAAGCCCAUGUUGCCGUGGCCAAAGCGGGCAUUGACGCCUUAUCCCACACUGUCGCGCUGGAAUUCGGGCCAUUGGGUGUGACAUCGAACGUCAUUGCUCCGGGUCCGAUCGCCUCAACAGAGGGCCUGGACCGUCUCCUCCCAAGCGAUCAGCUUGAGAAGGCUCAGAGAGCGCAACCUCUGGGACGCUUCGGCUCCGUUCGUGAUAUCGCUGAUGCCACCGUAUACCUCUUUGCAGACACUGGUAGUUACGUGAGCGGUCAGAUCCUUGUUGUGGACGGAGCUAGCUGGCGCAUAUCAUCUGCCGGUAUAGGGUCAUCCAAUUAUCCCGACUUCCUUCUAUCAGGAGAUACCUUUCAGAACGUCAAAGGGAAGAAGAAAGCGAAGCUCUGA